CAGAGGGGCUCCUUGCAACGACACGGUAUACAUAUAUGUGUGUGUAGAUUCAUACGCCUUUUCGUAAGAGCCACUCACCGAUGGAUAAUUGUAAAGCUACAACAGAGAAUAAGGAUGCGCCGACUAACGACACGGAAUCAAAUACUUCACUGUCAGGGAGCAGGAAACUGACACAGUAUACAGCAGCAAUAAUAGUGAACAUCGCGGCUUUGAGCAGCGGCUCAGUCGUAGGCUGGUCGGCUCCCAUGCUACCGGUCCUUCAGUCAGAUGCCUCCCCCACAGGAGAGCCCAUUUCCAACGAGGUGGGAUCCUGGCUGGGCUCUCUCAUGUGCCUCGGCGGCCUGCUAGCCACUCCACUAUACCUCUUCAUCUCAGACCACUGCAGGCGGAAAACUACGGGCUAUCUCGUCGCGGUGCCCUUCAUCGUCAGUUGGGUUCUUAUCAUCAUUGCCAACUCAGUCAUCAUCCUCUGCAUCGCUCGCUUCACGGGAGGCAUGGGGUCAGGAGCCAUCAUAGUGUUUGCCUCUCUGUACGUAAGCGAGACGGCUCAAGACAGCGUCAGGGGGGCUUUAGGAAGUUACCUUACUCUUUUCACCAAUGCUGGAGUACUCUUCUCGUACGUCAUAGGAUCUUAUGUGUCUUACUACACUUUUGCAUAUACAGCACUCGUAAUUCCAGUUCUGUAUAUUGCAGGUUUAAUGUGGCUUCCAGAAACACCCAACUAUCUCGUCAACAGAGGCAAUUAUACCCAGGCGAAACGAAGCUUGCGGUGGCUGAGAGGAGAGGAUGACAGACUCGUUGAGAUCGAAUUAACCAAAUUAAUCUCAUUUGUCAGGGACCGGGCAGAAACGCCGUCCCUGAAGGACAUGCUGUCUGCGGCAGGAACUCGCAGAGCGCUCACUGUCGGCAUCAUCCUGGUGGCGAAUCUGCAGUUCUGCGGUAUUUUCGCGAUACUCAGCUACACAGUGACUAUCUUCCGAGAGGCAGGCAGUGACCUGUCUCCGAACGCUUCAACUAUUUUGAUUGGUGCCCUACAGCUCGCCGGUUCCUGCGUUUCGUCUCUUCUGAUAGACAAAGCCGGACGCAAAAUACUUCUCCUAGUCUCAAACGCAUGUAUGGCGAUAUGUCUGGCUGCACUGGGUGGAUAUUUCUUCUUCAAGUUUCAAGGAUCAGAUGUCAGUAACUUCGGAUGGUUACCGGUGAGCUCUCUGUCCGUUUACAUCGCAGCAAUAGCCCUUGGCGUGGCCCCUAUAACGUUCCUCAUGGUAUCCGAGAUAUUUGAACCACAAGUUAAAAGCAGGGCCAUCACAAUAAUUAUAUCAGUCAUGUGGCUGUUAACGUUCUUAAUAGGCAAAUUCUACACAAAUCUGUCCGACCUACUCGGAAUUCACGGCUGCUAUUGGCUGUUCUCUGCCUGCUGCGUACUCGGCGCAAUGUUUACAAUCAUUCUGGUUCCAGAAACGAAAAACAGAAGUUACGAAUCCAUACUCCUCGAACUCAGUGGGGGAAACGAAAGAAAGAAACUUAACUUUGCUCGAAAUGAGGUUGACACGUUUUGAGAAGGCAUUUUGAGUUUUGCAAUAGCAUAACACAGAACUUAGCUGAAGUAACUCGCUUCGGGAACUGUGUAUGGAUGCGAUAACUGGGAGUUGGCUGUGAGACAAAAUCAAUCCCAUUCCAGAACUAAAGCAGAAAAGUUACGUUUACUGUGUACAGGAUGACUGCAUCCUUGAAAGAGA